CUACUGCAUGCCUAAAAGUCAACAAACAGAAAUUUUCUUGGUUGGUUGGGUUGCAUAUGUGGUAUUCACUUCAACAUAAAUUUAGUCUUCUGGACUUGAGGUUGGUUAGGAUUGCUUCCAAGCUCACUUUGCAUCAAAUAGUACCUCACCAACUUUGGCAAACUACUAGAUUUCUCUACCAUCUUUUUCCUUAUUCUGCUUCUUUGGAUGGAGAGUAUGAACCGCCGCCGCCGCCGGAAACAACCUAAAAUUAACAGUUCUGAGUCUGAAGAGGUCAGUAGUAUUGAAUGGGAGUUCAUAAACAUGAGCGAGCAAGAGGAAGACCUCAUUUACAGAAUGCAUAGACUUGUUGGUGAAAGGUGGGAUUUGAUAGCUGGAAGGAUUCCUGGCCGAAAAGCAGAAGAAAUAGAGAGGUUUUGGAUAAUGAAACACCGCGAAGGGUUUGCUGGAAACGGAAAAUUGUAUAACGAAGUGAAGUCUAGGACUUCUAGUUGAGCAUUAACUUGUAAUGGUUUUAAACAGUUUUUUACUUAAUUUUGUUGAUCGUUUCCUUCUGUAUUCGCUUGUGGUUGUUUGGCUUCUGAAAUUUGUGCAGGGUUUUGUUUAGUUUCUUUGGCAAUGGAAUUAAUUAACAAAACUAAUCUUCU